GGCUGGCUGUCUUGCUGUUGCUCGCCGCGCUCGUGCCCGCUGCUCGCCUCACUGCUAGCAAUGGCGCUGCGGGCUGCCCAGCUCCUCUCCCCUCAUCUCCUCCUCGUCUCGGCUUGCCUUUUGCUCGCCGGCGGACCACAUACGGUUCUCUCUUGUCCGAGUCGGUGUUUGUGUUUCCGAACCACCGUGCGAUGUAUGCAUCUGAACCUGGAAACGGUACCGGCUGUCUCUCCUCAGACCACCAUUCUGGAUCUGAGAUUCAACAAAAUCAAGGAUUUACAAUCUGGAUCUUUUAGCCGGUUGAAGAACCUCAACACACUCCUCCUUAACAACAAUCAUAUACGAAGGAUCCCCAGGGGGACAUUUGAAGAUCUGGAAAACCUCAAAUAUCUCUAUUUGUACAAGAAUGAAAUCCAAUCAAUUGACAGACAAGCAUUUAAGGGGCUUGUCUCUCUUGAGCAACUGUACCUCCACUUUAAUAACAUUGACACACUGGAACCAGAAUCUUUCAGUCAUCUGCCAAAGCUUGAACGACUGUUUUUGCACAACAACAGAAUCACCCAGCUUGUCCCAGGAACCUUCACUAAUCUGCAGGCUAUGAAACGACUGCGACUGGAUUCCAAUGCAUUGAACUGUGAUUGUGAGUUGCUGUGGCUGGCGGACUUGCUGAAGCAGUAUGCGGAGUCAGGAAAUGCCCAAGCUGCCGCCACGUGCGACUUCCCAACACGCCUGCAGGGAAGAUCAGUGGCCACCCUCACUGCCGAGGAGCUCAGCUGCGAAGUACCCAGGAUCACCUCGGAGCCCCAGGAUGUGGAUGUUACAUCAGGAAACACGGUCUACUUUACCUGCAGAGCUGAGGGCAACCCGAAACCGCAGAUCAUCUGGCUCAGGAACAACAAUGCACUUAACAUGCGAGAUGACAGUCGUCUGAAUCUGCUUGAGGAUGGCACGCUAAUGAUUCAGAACACAAGAGAAACCGACCAGGGAGUCUACCAGUGCAUGGCCAAAAAUGUGGCAGGGGAGGUGAAGACCUCGGAGGUCACACUGCGCUAUUUUGGAGCCCCAUUACGGCCAAGUUUUGUGAUCCAGCCCCAGAACACGGAGGUGCUGGUGGGUGAAAGUGUGACCUUGGAGUGCAGCGCUACAGGCCAACCGCAACCCCGGAUCUCCUGGACCAAAGGAGACCGGACGCCACUUCCAAACGAUGCUCGAAUCAAUAUCACCCCCUCUGGUGGGCUUUACCUUCAAAAUGUAGUUCAAACAGACGGGGGACAGUACACCUGUUUUGCUUCCAAUAAUGUUGACACCAUCCAGGCCACAGCUUAUAUUAUCGUCCAAGCAAUACCCCAGUUUACAGUCACACCACAGGAUGAGUCGGUCCUUGAAGGACAUACUGUGGACUUCCCAUGCGAGGCGACAGGUUACCCCCAGCCAGUCAUCGCCUGGACUCGUGGGGGUAGCCCGUUGCCAUUGGACCGCCGACACUCUGUACUAUCAACUGGUACUCUGCGUAUCACUCGGGUGGCGGCCCACGACGAGGGUCAGUACGAGUGUCAGGCGGUCAGCCCAGUAGGGACUGUGCGUGCCGCCGUGCAGCUCAGCAUCCAACAGAGAGUAACGCCUGUUUUCACAAAUGCUCCAAGGGACGUGACGGUGGAGUCUGGCCAGGAUGUCCAGAUUCCCUGCAGCGCUCAGGGCCAGCCACAACCUGUCCUCACCUGGAACAAGGAUGGUGUGCAGGUGACAGAGAGUGGUAAAUUCCACAUCAGCCCUGAGGGUUUUUUAGAAGUGAAGGAUGUGGGCACCGCCGAUGGGGGCCGCUACGAGUGUUUGGCCCGCAAUCCCAUUGGCUAUCAGGUUGCUAGCAUGGUGCUAACAGUCACAGUUCCAGCAGUGAGCAGAGAAGGCGACACCUUUGUGAGCACAUCCAUAGAGCAGGCCAUCCGUAAUGUAGACAGCGCCAUCGAGUCUACAAGGAGACGUCUGUUUGAUGGUCAGCCCCGUACCCCAGGAGAGCUGCUUGCUCUUUUCCGCUAUCCACGGGACCCCUAUACGGUAGAGCAGGCUCGAGCUGGCGAGAUCUUCGAGCAGACUUUGCUUCUUAUCCAGAACCAUGUCAACCAGGGUCUCAUGGUCGACACCAACGGCACUGAGUUUCGCUACAACGACUUGGUAUCCCCACACUUUCUUGACGUGAUCGCCAAUCUUUCGGGCUGUACCGCCCACCGCCGUUUCAACAACUGCUCGGACAUUUGCUUCCACCAGAAGUACCGCACUCAUGACGGCACUUGCAACAACCUUCAGCACCCCAUGUGGGGCGCCUCGCUCACCCAUUUCGAGCGACUGCUGAAAUCUGUCUACGAUAAUGGUUUUAAUCUGCCAAGGGGCGCCACUGAGCAGGCACACAAUGGCUACAGGCUGCCACUGCCGAGGCUGGUGUCCACCACCAUGAUUGGAACAGAGACAAUCACACCAGAUGACCAGUACACCCACAUGCUGAUGCAGUGGGGUCAGUUUCUGGACCAUGACCUGGACUCCACUGUGGCGGCCCUCAGCCAAUCGCGGUUCUCAGAUGGACAGCUGUGCACUCAGGUGUGCACCAAUGACCCGCCCUGCUUCCCCAUCCAGUUCCCUCCCAACGAUCCACGGCAGCUACAAAGCAGAGCUCGCUGUAUGUUUUUUGUGCGCUCCAGCCCAGUGUGCGGCAGCGGAAUGACAUCCCUCCUCAUGAACAGCGUGUAUCCAAGAGAGCAGAUUAACCAGCUCACUUCUUACAUCGACGCCUCAAACGUAUACGGUAAUUCACGGCAUGAAUCUGAGGAGAUCCGGGAUCUGGCCAGUCAAAGGGGUUUACUCCGACAAGGGAUUAUCCAGCGCACAGGCAAGCCACUGCUCCCUUUUGCCACUGGACCACCCACCGAGUGUAUGAGGGAUGAGAACGAGAGUCCAAUUCCGUGCUUUUUAGCUGGAGACCACCGUGCCAACGAGCAGCUGGGUCUGACCGCCAUGCACACCGUGUGGUUCAGGGAACACAACCGCAUAGCCACAGAGCUCCUGAGGCUAAACCCCCACUGGGACGGAGACACCAUUUACCAUGAGGCCAGGAAGAUAGUGGGAGCGCAAAUGCAACACAUCACAUAUAGUCACUGGUUGCCAAAGAUCCUUGGGGAGGCAGGUAUGAAGAUGAUUGGGCCGUACACAGGUUAUGACCCCAAUAUUAACGCGGGCAUCCUCAAUUCUUUUGCCACUGCGGCAUUCCGCUUCGGGCACACCCUCAUUAACCCGAUACUCUACAGGUUGGAUGGGGACUUCCAGCCCAUCCCCCAGGGUCACAUCUCCCUGCACCGGGCCUUCUUUUCCCCCUUUCGCAUUGUGAACGAGGGUGGCAUUGACCCACUGCUCCGCGGGCUCUUUGGUGUGGCGGGUAAAAUGCGGGUCUCCUCGCAGCUACUCAAUACAGAGCUGACCGAGAGAUUGUUUUCUAUGGCCCACGCUGUAGCGUUGGACCUGGCAGCUAUGAACAUACAGCGAGGAAGAGAUCACGGCAUACCGCCAUACAAUGAUUACAGGACCUUCUGUAACCUGUCAUUGGCUCAAACUUUUGAGGAGUUGAGAAAUGAGAUUAAGAAUCCCAACGUCAGAGAAAAAUUGCAAAGGUUGUAUGGCACGCCGCUGAACGUCGACCUGUUUCCUGCCCUGAUGGCUGAAGACCUGGUCCCUGGCAGUAGACUAGGCCCUACCCUCAUGUGUCUGCUGGCAUCUCAGUUCAAGCGCCUACGAAAUGGAGACAGAUUCUGGUAUGAAAACCCAGGUGUGUUUACUCCUGCCCAGCUAACUCAGUUAAAGCAGGCCUCUUUGUCGCGGCUGAUGUGCGACAACGGAGAUAACAUCACACGAGUCCAGCACGAUGUCUUCAGGGUGGCAGAGGUGCCACAUGGCUAUGGCAGCUGCGAUGAGGUCCCGCAAAUUGACCUACGCAUGUGGCAAGACUGCUGCGAAGAUUGCAGAACGAAGGGUCAGUUCAACGCAUUGUCGUACCACUUUAGGGGGCGCAGGUCAGCAGAACACAGCUAUAAAGACAGCAAACCCGUUGACAGCAGCAAAGAAAACAGCCCUGUGGAAGAAGCCACAGAAAGCCUUCUCAAUGUUACUGUGACUUCCAAGAAAAGCACUGAACCUUCAAUCAAUGACUUCCAGGACUUUGUCUCUGACAUGCAGAAGACGAUCACAAGUUUACGAAAACAGAUUAAACGGCUGGAAGCCCGUCUGAGCAAGACUGGCUGCACUGACAGUAAUGAGCGUGUGCACACAGAUGGAGAGCAGUGGAAAGAGGAUCCAUGCACACAAUGUGAAUGCAAGGACGCCAGGGUCACCUGCUUUGUGGAGUCUUGUCUGCCAGCCCAGUGCAAACAGCCUGUCAGGCUAAAAGGCGCCUGCUGCCCCGUGUGCCUGAACGCAGCCAAGGGGCCAAAAGCAGACCGCAGCCAUUAAUGAGCCUCAGGACCUAUCCACCAUCACACGUUUGUGUCUGAAACAGUCAAACAGCCACCAAGAGGAGGAGACUCACGAAGCCCACCAGUAGCCUGGAAACACACAAUAGCCUCAUUUUUUUUAUCAUUUUUGAACAGGGGGAGAUGGUUCUGUUCUUUUUUAUUUUUGUUGCCUCCUCCAGGACUAAAAGGAUUCUUCUCUGAUCUGGAGGACGGAUGAACGCUCCCUGAGGCCUUUGCAGCGCAACAAUUUAGGUUGUCCGACCCCCUUUUGGUCCGUCGCCAUCAACCUGCAGGAAAGGGAAGUCGAUUGAGAGGAGGCAGCCAUUUUUGUUUGUUCACAAACGUUUCUCAGGUUAGAUAUGCCAAAAAAACACACAAAAAAAACGGUGCUAUUUUACCCUUAAAAUGAAUUAAUCACUUAAUACCUUCAAAGUAUUGUCUUGUAUAUGAAAAAGCAACAUAUAUCCAUUUUUAUCACUAUUGAGAUCACUUUAUUCAAUGGAAAUGACUUUUUAUAAAUAGUUAGGUCUUCUAUUCUAAGGUGCUUUAUAACAAUGCAUUUUCAAUACAAACAAUGUGAAGCCCUAUGGAAAAUUCGGAUGAAAGAAAAAUGUCUACUGAUUUCUGAUGGUCGUCGUGUUGUGAACUUUGUCCCCAGUAAGAGCCAACGUCCUCUGCAGUAGACAUGUGUUUGUGGUUUAUUUCUUUAGUCAGAAAAAAAAUAGCCCUGUUAUACAUGUCCACUGCAGUGGACGACCGCCGUAGUAUUUACUUUUUAAGUCCGCACUACUCAUAACUGAAGGACUGCAUUGAUUUACUGCUGGGCCUGCAGCGCUGGAUCACAAAGUCUAUGCGUUCAAUUGCAUUGAACCGUGUGAUCAUGUUCACUUCAAAAGGGCGCAUUUCCCCCUUUUUUAGUAGAGAAUUGCCCCGCUAGUGUUUUCUUUGCCAAACUUUGUUGAAAGUUACAUCAUUAAGCCAAGCACGCUGCGCAGGGCAAGGCUUCUUUAACCCUCUGACCCUCAUUCCACGUAAUGGAAGCCAUAUGGGAGGUGGGAAGGGAUUUAGUGACAAUCAAAACACGUUACGCAUGCAAAAAGACGGGAUACUUCUUGUAUGAAGCAUACACCACAUGCACACACUUUUAACGUUCCUCCUCAUUGUGUUCUGUAAACGGUGACGUCCAAAGCAAGCAUCUGUCAUUAAAGCGAUAUAAUACUGUCUGGAAUGUUCCAUUCAGGACGGGUUUUUACAUGAAACUGUGUUUACAGUUGUGUAUUUGCUUGCUCUCUGCUUGUACCACAAACAAAUCCUCCGAUGUGUGCUAGUUUAAGUUUCAAAGCUCUAGGAGGUUUCUGUUACCUUGGAUAAAAUGUUUUUGUUUAUUUGGAGUGUUUCUUUUUGUUUGUUUGUUUUUCAGUAACCUGCCCCUUUCCCCCCCCUCUUAAAACGUGUCAAUACAAUGCAAGACUGAACAUGCCUUACCAACACUGUCCCUUUUACGACUGAUCAACGGGGCUCCACUACUUAGUACCUAUCAUGACAUUUGUAUUGUAUGUUUGCCAAAUAAUGGUUUGCACUGUAAUCUAUGCCUCUGAACAGUAAUAAUAAUAAUUAAAAAAAUAAGCCACUUUUGAGUUCUA